UUCCUUCAAGUCGCCAUGGAGAAUGUUUUGGUCCUGCUCGUGAUCAUGUUGGGGAGCUUGGGGAGUUCCACGGUGCACAACGAUGCUACGGAAGCGUUGGAUCGACCGAUGGUGGUCAACCAGGGACAGGCCAGAGAGGAGACCGUGCAAGAGGACUCCAACCAGGCUAGAAACGGAGGGAGAAGGGGCUCGGAGAAUACACGCAGUGGGCCAGACCAGAGCCAGGUGGGCUGCAGAGAGCUCAGAUCCACCAAGUACAUCUCGGAUGGUCAGUGCACCAGUGUAAACCCCAUAAAGGAGCUGGUGUGCGCGGGGGAGUGUCUGCCCUCUCACCUACUGCCCAACUGGAUCGGAGGGGCCAGCCACACGGGCCGCUACUGGAGCCGGCGCGACACGGUGGAAUGGCGCUGCGUGAUCGACCGGACUCGCACACAGCGCAUACGCCUGCAGUGUGAGGACGGCUCCUCCAGGACCUACAAGAUCACCGUGGUAACAUCCUGCAAGUGCAAACGCUACAGCCGCCAACAGAAUGACUCCGCCCACAGAGACCCCACCCUGAUGGAGAGCAGGAGGAGGAGCCACAAAAAAACUGGGCUCCCUGAGGAACAGACUGCCUGAGAGGUUACAGAGGGGAGGCAGGGGUUUGAUUAGGGUGACCACCAGAGAAAGUAGGGAGAGAAGUUGCACAAUGUGCUGAGAUAGGGAAGGACAAAUAAGAGAAAUUAGUUGGUUAGUUUGAUUGGUGUACAAAUGUAUCAUAUCUGUUGUUAUUUU